AUGUUCUCAAUACGCGCUGCGACGGCCGCCCGUCGCGUUCCUGCUUUGCGACAUCAACUUGUCCCUACCAGAACUUAUGCCACAGAACAGUCCGGCAACCCUACGACAAGUUUCUACAAGACAUUUUCGCGGCCCAUAGCCAAGGUCAUGAUUCUGGCCGUCUUCACGUAUCAGGUCGCGUAUUGGUCCUGGAUAAAGCUCGAAGCAGACGAGGUGCGCGGCAAGAUUGAUGCAGAGAUUGAGACCCUGGAGAAAACGGUCGAUGAUUACAAGGAGUCCAAGGCCGCUGGCAAGACAGCCUCCAAAUAA